GAUCGCUCGAUCUGAGAGAAUUCCUCCACAUUAUUUCUCUUUCCAUUAUUUCCUUGUAGAUUCCUCUUCUUUUCCUUAUUACUAUUAUUGUUCCUUUCUUGAAGUGCGAGAAUCAUCCAAAAUGGGAGGCUGGUUAUCGUCGCUGCUGGGAAAGAAGGAGGUGCGCAUCCUCAUGGUCGGCCUCGACGCCGCUGGUAAGACCACCAUCCUCUACAAGCUGAAGCUCGGCGAGGUCGUGACGACCAUCCCAACCAUCGGCUUCAACGUCGAGACGCUCGAGUACAAGAACCUGAAGUUCACCAUGUGGGACGUCGGUGGCCAGGACAAACUCCGCCCACUGUGGCGCCACUACUACCAAAAUACAAAUGGUAUUAUCUUCGUGGUGGAUAGCAACGACCGCGACCGCGUCAAGGAUGCUAAGGCGGAGCUCGAUAAGAUGCUCGUCGAGGAUGAGCUGCGCAACGCCGCGCUGCUCGUCUUUGCGAACAAGCAGGAUCUGCCCAACGCGAUGAGCACGACGGAGGUGACGGAGAAGCUCGGUCUGCACGCCCUGCGCCAGCGCAACUGGUACAUCCAGGGCUGCUGCGGUACGACCGCGCAGGGUCUCUACGAGGGUCUGGACUGGCUGUCGGCCAACAUCAAGAAGACGAUGAACUGA